GUUGGGAGAUGAAGCUAGUUUAACAGAGGGGAUAAUCAUGGGAGCCAGACCCUGCUGUCGUUUUUGAUGUUGAUACCGAAAGAAGUUUCGAGAGAGAGAGAGAGAGAGGGUGCAUUCACUGAUUAGUUGAAUGGAUAUAUAUGAGUAGGAACAGUGACAAAAGUCUAUUGUUCAAUCAUCAUCGACAGUAUAGAAUUAAUACCACUGAAUCUCCACUGGUAAGUAAUCAUUCGCAGCAAAAAGAGAAGAAAGAGAAACGACCAAAAGAGUUACUUCCAAAGGAGCAAUCGUCACACUCUCACGCUCAAUAAACCGCCUUAACAAUCCAGCAUAAUUUCCCUUAACAAUCGAGCAUACAUAAUUUCUAAACUAUUCUUAAUUUCUUCAACACUUGAUUAUUCCCUUAAAAAACACACCUCUCCCUCCUUCGCUCUUUCCAUAUAUCAAUAUAGAGCAACGUUUUCAUUUUGCAAAUUUCAAAAUUUCGUUACUAGCACUUGUUACUCUAAUCUAGGAAUUGAAAUUUUAAUCAAACUCUAUUUGUCUCGAUCAUGUCAAACCUUAUACUAUCUCAUUUAUUCUGAGCUACAUCCAUUGGUAGCGAGAGUGUGAAGAUGCGAAGCAUGGGCAGCUCGGCCUCGGCGAGGGGCAUCGCGGCGAUAGUCGGCGUGGGUGCGAAGCUCGGGCGCUCCGUCGCCCGCAAAUUCGCGCAUGAAGGCUACACCGUGGCCAUCCUGGCCCGCGAUCUGGAUAGGCUGUCGAGAUUUGCGGACGAGAUAGCUCGGGAGGAGAAGGCGCAAGUGUUCGCCAUCAGAAUCGACUGUUCAGAGUCUCGGAGCAUAAAGGAGGCGUUCGAGGGCGUGCUCUCUCUGGGCUUCGUGGAGGUGCUCGUCUACAACGCGUACCACCCGGUGUCGUGGAGCCCCACCGCCUUCGCCGACGUCCGCCUCGACGGCUUCGAGAAGUCGCUCGCCGUCGCCUCCGUCGGCGCCUUCCACUGCGCCCAGCAGGUCAUCCCGGGGAUGGUGGAGAGAGGGAGGGGAACCAUCCUCUUCACCGGCUGCGCGGCCUCGCUUAACGGCAUUGCCGGUUAUCCCGACUUAUGUUGUGGCAAAUUUGCAAUGAGGGCGCUAUCGCAAUGCCUGGCGCGAGAGUUCCAGCCACUAGGAGUACAUGUAGCUCAUGUCAUCAUCGACGGCCUCAUCGGCGCACCUGCACCGCCACCACCUAGGGGCUCGGUGUCAUCAAGUCCACAGCAGAGCCAGAGAUGGGCAGCGUCGAGUUCGGUGGAAGGAGAGAAGGGGCUGAUCUUGAUGGACCCUGACGUGGUGGCUCAGACCUAUUGGCAGUUGCACAUUCAGGACAGGUCCACGUGGACCCAAGAGAUCGACCUUCGCCCUGGCGGCCCAACCCAAUAACAUCAUCAUAUAAUCAUCAAAAUCACUAUCAAACAAUUUCAUUAUCCAAAUUCAUCCUCUGUAAUUUCAAUUUUUUAUCCUCGGUUGCUAGUGACGCGUAUUUAAUUGUGAAAUAAAAUUUUUAUUUUUUAUUUGUUUCUAA